AUGGCGCCGCCGCGCGGGGGCGUGGACCUCGAGGCGUACUACGGCGGGCCGGAGAAGCCGCCGCGCGACCGCCGGUCGUCGUCGGCCGCCGCGCACACGGCGUCGCCGGUUUUCAGUUUGCGCGCGGCCCUGCAGCGCACGGACUGCCCGGCGAGCCCCUGCCCGCCGCCGCGCAAGGACCCGACGCCCUGCACGACCUUCGAGCAGCUCCUGUGCUCCUGCGGCCUGCCGCGCGGCAUGCUGUCCUUCGGCUUCGGCGGGCGGCACAUCAAGCGGAGCGACGACGCGCCGAGGGACCAGAGCGACGUCCGGCCCGCGGACGACGACGCCGCGGCCUACGGCUGCGCCGUGCGGCUCCUCAUCGGCGGCGAGGUGCGCGAGCACGACGUCUGCGCGGCGCUCGUGCGCCGCGGCUGGCGCCGGGCCGUCGCCGAGCGCGUGAGCUACGACCUGCGCCGCGUGACCGGCGUCGACCCCGCGGACGUCGAGAAGCCGCCCAAGGCCAUCGAGGCGGCCGCCGGGGAGCCUGCGACAAAAAACCCGCCCGCGCCCGCGCCGCCGCCGCCGGCGCCGCCGAGCCCCGGGUCGUCGUCCUGGGGCAGCGCGCCCGCGUCGCCCGUCGGCACCUGGGAGGAGCCCGCGGCGCCGCCGCCCGACGACGGCAAGUACGCGCGCAUGCUCGCCAUGGGCGUCCCCGCGACGGCCGUCGAGCACAAGAUGCGGUCCCAGGGCCUGGACGAGGCGUCCAUCGCCCGCGCGCUCGCCGCGGCGCCCGCGGCGCCCGCGGCGCCCGCGCCCGCGGCGCCCGCGGCGGGCUCCGCGGCGGCCUUCCCGCAGUACGACCGCAUGCUGCGCGUGGGCCUGGACCUGCCCACGGUGCUCCACAAGAUGCGCGCCGACGGCGUCGACGCCGCGGACGUGCGGCGCUUCGCGGACGCGCGCGGCGGCGCGCCGGAUCCCGCGCCGGCGCCCGCGCGGCGGCCCGCGGCGCCCGCGGCGGCGACGCCCGUCGACGCCCCCGCGCCGUCGCCCGCGGCGCCGCGGCGCCGCGCGACGAUGACGCUCCACUGGGACAAGGUCGACGCGUCGCGCGCGCCAAAGCUCUGGGCCGAGGAGCGGCCGUCGGAGGCCGCGGCGCUCGACGGCGACGACGUCGCGGCCAUCGAGGCCCUCUUCGCCCAGGAGCCGCCGCGCCAGGCGCCGGCGUCGACGUCGGCGCGCCGCGGGUCCGAGCGGCGCGCGCCGCCGCCGGGCGCGGCGCUCCUCGACCCGAAGCGCGCGCAGAACGUCACGAUCGCCGUGUCGCGCGUCGCGCGCAAGUUCGACGGCGACAUGGACCGGCUCUGGGCCUCCGUCGCCCAGCUCGACGCCCGCCUCGGCGCCGACGACUACGAGCGGCUCCGGCCGGCGCUGCCGAGCGACGGCGAGUGCGCGGCCGUCCGGGCCUGGUUGGCGGCGACGCCGGGCCGCGACGCGGCGUCCCUGGGCGCCGCGGAGCGCUUCGUCGACGCCGCGGGCCGCGCGGGCGACCGCGCGGGGCUCCUCGACACGGCGCUGGCCGUCAGCGGCUUCGACGCGCGGCUCGUAGCCGCGGAGUCCGCCGCGGCGGCGGUCCUCGCGGCCGCGGCGGCCGUGCUCGACAGCGGCGGCCUCGCGCGCGCCCUGCGCCACAUCCUAGCCGUGGGCAACGCCAUGAACGCGGGCACGGCGCGCGGCGACGCCGUCGGCGUGACCCUCGCGUCGCUCGGGCAGAUCGUGCACACGAAGGGCCGCGACCGGUCGACGACGGUGUUGGACUACGUCGUCCGCGCGCUGUCGAAGCGGGGCCACGCGCCGGAGGUGCGGCGCGCCGCGCGGGACCUGCCCGGGCUCGUCGACGGCGCGCGGCGCGUGCCCGUCGCCGACGUGCUCCGGGAGCACCGCGCGCUCGAGGACGCGGUCCGCGGCGCGCGGCGCGCGCUCGCGGCGGCCGCGGCGGCGGCCGCCGACCUCGACGGCGCCGUCGCCGACGAGGAGAUGGAGAACAUGGCCGAGCACGAGGCGCCGCGCUUCUUCGACACGUUCACGAAGUCGGCGGGUUUUUCGCUCUUCCGCGCGGCGGAGCGGCGGCGGUCGCGGUCGCCGUCGGUGCAGGCGGACGCGGCGCGGCGGCGCGGCGCCCACGCCGUCGCCGGGCGGCGCGUGGCCCGCCUGGGCGCUUUCGUGGACCGGUCCGCGCGCGCGGCGGCGCGGUUGCGGCGCCGCGUCGAGGACGUGACGUCGAAAGUCGACGCGCUCUGCGACUACUUCGGCGAGGACGACUCGACGAAGAUCCUCGAGGAUCUGCACGUGUUUCUCCGGGCCCUCGUCGCGGCCCUCGCCAAGGCCGACGACGAGCCGGGCGCGGCCCGCGACGCGGACUACGACAUGGCGGGCGGCCGCGACGCGCGGCGCCGCAUCCUCGGCCGGCGGGAGGCGCUCUUCCCGAGCAAUGCCCAGUGA